UAUGGGCAAAGCCAGGCAGAGCGAGAGCUGCACUCGCUUCCGUGUUUGUGUGAUCAGGGAGUGCACGGCCGGGGGAGCUUCACUGUCUGCACUGUUUCAUUCAUUUGAAAGAGUGACGCUAAGCAAGUAACCAGCAGAGAAAAUGCCUUAUGAACUGAAACAUGUAUUUGCCAGUCUCCCACAGAUGGAGAGGGGUGUUGCAAAAGUGAUUGGUGGUGAUCCCAAAGGUAACAACUUCCUGUACACUAAUGGGAAGUGUGUCAUCAUCAGGAAUAUUGAUAACCCGGCCAUAGCAGACAUUUACACCGAACAUGCCCAUCAAGUUACUGUUGCCAAGUAUGCCCCCAGUGGAUUCUACAUUGCAUCUGGAGAUGCAUCAGGAAAGAUCCGAAUCUGGGACACCACCCAGAAGGAGCACCUGCUCAAGUACGAGUACACCCCUAUUUCAGGCAAGGUCAAGGACAUCGCAUGGACAGAGGACAGCAAGAGGAUUGCUGUUGUUGGGGAUGGACGAGAGAAGUUUGGGGCGGUGUUCCUGUGGGACAGUGGCUCCUCAGUGGGGGAGCUUUCUGGCCAUGCUAAACUAAUCAACAGUGUGGACAUAAGGCAGAAACGCCCGUACCGCCUUGUCACUUCCAGUGACGACACCUGUGGCUCCUUCUUCGAGGGGCCUCCCUUCAAGUUCAAGUUCACAUUACGUGACCACAGCCAGUUUGUCAACUGUGUUCGCUUCGCCCCAGAUGGAAGUCGGUUUGUCACAGCUGGUGCUGAUGGCCAGCUGUUCAUUUAUGAUGGAACAAAGGGUGAGCUUGUUGGCUCACUAGGUGGAGAGAAGGCCCACAAUGGAGGAAUCUAUGCUAUCAGCUGGAGCCCUGACAGCACCCAACUGAUCUCUGCCUCAGGGGACAAGACCGUGAAACUCUGGGAUGUUGGUGCAGGUACGGCUGUCACAACCUUCAACAUGGGCACUGAUGUGACAGACCAGCAGCUGGGCUGCCUGUGGCAGAAAGACCACCUCGUCAGCAUCUCCUUGUCAGGAUACAUCAACUAUCUGGACAAGAACAAUCCUGACCGGCCCAUACGCGUCAUCAAGGGUCACAGCAAAUCCAUCCAGUGUUUGACUGUUCACAGAAGUGAUGGCCGAUCUGACAUCUACUCGGGGAGCCACGACGGACACAUCAAUUACUGGGAUGCAGGUACUGGGGAGAACGACUGCUUCUCAGGGAAGGGUCACACUAACCAGGUGAGCAAGAUGGUGACAGAUGGCAGUGAGCUGGUGACAUGCAGCAUGGAUGAUACACUGCGCUAUACCAGCAUCGGCAAGAAAGAGUACAGUGCCUCUGAUGUCGUGAAGAUGGAUUUCCAACCUAAAAGUGUGUCAGCAGCACCAGGAGGGCUGUCACUGGCUGUGUGCAUUGGGCAGAUUGUCUUGCUGAAGGAUAAGAAGAAACUCUUCACCAUGGACAAUCUUGGCUAUGAAGCAGAGGUUGGAGUCAUCCACCCUGGAGGCACCACUGUUGCGGUGGGAGGAGCAGAUGGGAAAAUUCAUCUGUACUCCAUUCAGGGCACCACUCUGAAGGACGAGGGUAAAACCAUGGACGUAAAAUCGCCGAUCACAGACAUGGCCUACUCUGAUGAUGGGGCCUAUCUGGCUGUCAUAGACGAGAAGAAAGCUGCCACAGUUUUUACUGUGGCUGACGGCUACUCGGUCAAAAAUGAGUUCUAUGGACAUCAUGCCAAACCAGUGUCUUUGGCCUGGUCACCUGACAAUGAGCACUUUGCAACUGGUGGGAUGGACAUGAUGGUGUUUGUCUGGACCGUUAGUGAUGCAGACGUCCGGAUUAAGAUCCCAGACACUCACCGGUUGCACCACGUUAGCGGCUUGGCCUGGAUAGAUGAGCAUACUCUCGUCACCGCCUCCCAUGAUGCCAGCAUCAAGCAGUGGACUGUUACAUACUGAGCUGCAAGCAGACGAACAUCCACAUCUCCAGGGACAAGGACUACUGUAGAAGUCAAACUUUCUUUUCUUUUUUUUUUUUUGUAAACUGUAUUUUCACUGUCUGAGCGGUGUCUAUGCUGUCUGUAAACAUUUGAAUUGUAAAUGGUUAUGGCUGGGAAAAGCUCCCGGGGGGGAAUGAUCCAAGAUGUGUCUCUUCUGGUGUGAAUAGCCUCAACUUACACACAGAUGAAAUGAGAAGAUUACAGUACAACCAUGAAUGCUUUUACAUCUCUUUGAGCGUUACGGACCCAGAAAAAUACAACAUUCCAUAUGUAAUAGCUUUCACUCUAACUGAAAUCCUUGUUUGUAGUUGGCCUCAAUACAUCCUAACUUAACAGGUGAACCAAAAGCGAGUUGUUGUUUUGUUUUGUUUUGUUUUUUUUUCAAUCAACAGAAUCAUGUUUGAAAGAAAUGAAACCUUUUGGUUACAUUCCUGAAAUGAAAUUAGAAGUAACUGGUUUUAACAGAAGUUGCCUGUUACUUUUCUUGCUUCUUUUUCAAGGUUUUAAGGGGAUGGAUGUAUUUUUUGCUUUGUCAUGGAUUUCGUACUUUUUGUCAGAACUCUUCCUGUUGGGUUGAGGAGCAAUAAUAGGAAAUGAAUGAACAAAGUAUGUCUACAAUCAAGAUGCUGUCUGUCCAGUUGAAGGUCCUGUGUUGUUGCUGUGUUUUUGUUUGGGCUCACUAUGCUUGUCUCACUUAUUUCUUUUCCAUGUCUUUAUGCAUUUGCUUCCAAGGUGGAAAUGAUUCAUUAAUUAUUAUAAUAAAUGCUUUUUAUGAAUUUUCCCCUUCA